AUGGUGUCCAUCCUGGGGCAGUACACUUCAUUAUUGACUUUUGUCCUGUUGGAGGAAUUAGCACCAGGCAACUCAGCCCUUCUCAGGGAGCAAGUGUACCAAUUCCUCCAGAAGCCGAUUUCACUUGCCGGGGCCGAAGGGGUUAUUCCCACUGAGAAGCCCUCAUCCCGGGUUCCUAGAGAGGCCGCGCUGGGGGCGGGAGGAAAAUGCGCUUCCGGCAGUGUCCGGACUCGGGAAUCGGGCGGGCUGGCUGCGGGCUGCGGCGCUCGGACCCCGCCUCGGCCUGGGCCUCCCCGCGGGGAGGACGAGCUGGGGCCGGGAGGAGGGGCAGGGCUCCAGAAAAGGGGGCCUGAGCUGGGGAGGGGAGGGCCGGCCCGCGCAGACCAGGGGCCCCCCGGGGUGCGGGGAGUGGAGGGUGGUGCGCCUGAACUUGGCCGCCCCGGAGGCUUGUGGUCUCUCCGCCGCAGGCUGGUCCGGGCAGGCGCGGGGUGGGCGGCCGUUUCUCCUGGAAAGGCCAGCUGCCCGGUCGCCCGCCGGGACCCUCGCCGACCCCUCCCCGAGACCUCGAACGUUCCAGAGCCCGGGGAACCCUCACACCCAGUUAGAUUGCCUCACAGCCUCUCAGAUGAACCGGAGGACCACAUCUUUGCAGUAUCUUCUCCAGUAACCAUGGUGACACUGCCUCCUCAACACAGCUACCUUCUGUGGGUACAGUACGACGGGCCCAGCAGUGGAGUGGGCAAGCAAGAACUCGGUGACGGCCAUUGGAACGGCUCAGAGGGCUCAAUCGCCCCGGGCCUUCUCCAGGUGGAGAUUUUCCGGGUCUGCUGGGGGCGGCUCAGGGUUGUGCCAGAAGCGUCGUGAGCUCCCCGCCAGCCAGCCCAGGCCACCUUCCGCAUCCCCACUUGGGUGAGGCGGGCGCCUGGGUGGGAAGGCCUCCGGCCCCGUGGGCUCCCGGGAAACUGGCGAGGCUGGCCCCGCCCGGAGGUCUUGCUGCAGGUCCUCCAGCGAUCAACGGAACCCACCCGCAGGCGGGGCAUCCGUGGGCCUUCGGGGAGGCAGUAGGGAGGGGGUGGGGAGAUGGGCGUGUGACGCAGGGGCUCUGCGCUUGCGCUGCCUCCCCGGGCCUCGGCCGGAGGCUGGCGGAGGCCCGGGCGCUUCCCGUGCGGC